CCCUGGGUUCCGCUUCUGCCCUGGGCCACCAGUCCAGUCGAGUCGCAUUGGGCUACUCGAUAACCUUGGGCAGAGACGAUCCCCGUCACCUCGGCGAUACAUACUUCAAAUCACAUUCCCGGAAACAGCUUUCUGGGUUCGGGUUGCUAGUGUUGGAACGCGACAAAAGGUCAUGGCGACACAUUGGCCACCCCGGUCUCCCCACGAAGCUCUCAUCAGCACCCCGCGAGGCCGCCAGCGCUUUCGUGAAAUGCAAACGUCGCCCACCCCGUCGCCGUCCAGACUCAGAAUGUCCCGUUCGAACCCCGCCCUAGCGGCGCGCUACACCGACAAUGAGGACGCCGUUAUGAUUGACGUGGACGACCUGGAGGAUGACGACGACGAAGACGAGGAGAUGGUACAGCUGAAGCUGCAGGAAAUCCAGGCGCGCAUGAAGUUGAAAAAGAUACAAAAUGCAAAGGCGCAAAGAAGGGCUAACUCGUCCAUGGAUGCACGAUCGAAUGGAGGCCGACCAGAAAGCGCUUCGGCCAACAAUAACAACAACAACUCAAUGCAACCCCCGGCCGGACUUCCCAUUCAGUCAAGGUUAGCUGCGGCAAGAGAUAGGAUGGAACAACAGUCAAAUCCCGUUCAGAUCCCCGCUUCUCCGGUCAGGAGGGGACGUAGUGAAUCUGCUCCUCAGCCACCUCAGUCCCCCACGAGGCUCAUGUUGGGAAUCGACAAGGGACGAAAAGCGGCCGACAUGUCACUGAAAAGGGCGCCCACAUUACGAAAGGUCGAAACCGAACGUCCCUCCCAGAAUCUAAACUCCCAACAGUCAGGCUACUUGCGACGUUCUUUCUCGCAGGCAGAAGAAAGACGUCCCUUGAGUUUCAACGAGCGGCUAGCAUCCGCCAGGAACGAAGAGCAGGAGCGCAGGGAAAAGGCACAGAGGAUACAGAAGAUCAGGAGUAAUGCCUUCAGUAUUGGCAGGGAAGAGAUGGAGGAGUACAAGACAAAAGCGGUGGACGUUCCCGAAGUUCCCUACAAGGCUCCGGAAUAUUCUCGGGACGAUAUCCUAUCAGCGACGGGAAGAUCUUCAUCAAGGCCAACCAUGAGCGCAUCAUCAUCGUUCACACAACCAAGCUCAACACAAGUCAACUCGGACAAUGAACCUGGCUUCGAACCUUAUUCAGGUCUUCGCCUGUCCAAGCGCAUUCUUCCCCAUAAUGUGGUCACUCGCGCUAUUACAGGCAAGAAGACCUACGGUUUGAAGGACCUUUUGCGGCAAGUUAAGGCGCCUGACUGGUCCCUUCCUGAUGUCGAGUCUGAUGUAGUCGUUUUCGCCAUCGUCGCAACCAAGUCUGAACCGCGCAGCCAUCGUAGUGAUGGCAAGCCUUUGCAAGAACGCGGCAAGUACAUGGUCAUCAGCCUCUGUGAUCUUCAGUAUGAAGUGGAACUGUUUCUCUUUAACUCCGGAUUCGACCGCUUCUGGAAGCUCACGCCGGGAACCAUUCUCGCCAUCCUCAACCCCACCAUCAUGGCGCCAAAACAAGGUCAGCAAGAUACCGGUCGGUUCUCGUUGGUGAUCAACAGCGAUGAGGAUACCAUUUUGGAGAUUGGUAAUGCGCGCGACCUAGGUUAUUGCAAGAGCAUCAAGAAGGAUGGCAUGCUUUGCAAGAGUUGGGUCAACCUCCGUCGUACAGAGUAUUGCGAGUUUCAUACCAACGAAGCAGUCACCAAGUCGAGACAGGGAAGGUUAGAAUUGAACAACUCUUUCGGGUUUGGAGACAAAUAUAAGCAAAACUCUAGGUACGCCAAGAGUGAAGAGGCCAAGCGAAAAGAGGAGGAAAUACGACUGAGGGGUCAAUACGACCGGUCAACCGGCAGUCAUUUCUUCAUGAACCGUACUGCCGCGGAGCUCAUUGAUGGCGGUGGCAUGGCUGAUCAGGCUGAGAAGAAGGAGGCUAUCAAGAGAAGCUUGGCGAGGAAGGAGAAGGAAGCUGAGAUUGCAAGAAAACUGGGCGAGGUGGGUGGUGGUGCUGGGAGAGAUUACAUGAGUCGAGCCGCCGGUGGUCUUCGCGCAAGUUUCUCUUCUACCAAUUCAGUACCCAUGUCAGGCUCUACCUCCUUCUCGUCAGCCACAGCCUCGACACCCAUGUCGUCACUGUCCGGCCACAGCCAAAGCAACAGCAUAAAUGACCCGCUAGGCUUUGGCGGCAGACCCCGAUAUGACCUUCAAGCCCUCGGUCUACUCCGCAAAAAGGGCGAAGAACAACCCAAAAUCGAUCUCGGCCCAAUAAAGCGCAAGCGUCCCGAGUCCGCCCAGUCAAGCGAAAACAGCUUCAGCAAAUCCAACUCUGCCAGCAGCGCAACCAUCACCCCCUCCAACUACACCACCAACACGAAAGCCCCCUCCUUGGGCUGGGGCUCCAGCCUGCGCGACAAGCUUUCGAGAAUGAAAGAAGGCGAGCGGCUCAACCUUUCCCACCGCCCCAGCAACUCCAGCAUGCGCGAUUCCACCCCCGCCCUCACCAACUCCUCAAAAAAGACGCGGUUCGUCACGGAUAAGGGGAUCAGAGAGGCGGGCAGGGAUAGUCUCGGUGACAAGGGGUUUUUGUUGAGUGCGGCGCAGAAGAAUAGGAGGCAGGUGGUGUUGAGUGAGGAUGAUGAUGAUGACUUGAUUGUUUUGAAAUGAUUUGUCUGGGAGGGGAUAGUACAUGCAUGUCGCUGGGGUGGGGUUGUAGUAGUGUAGUGGAAUUGCGAAGAGGUUAGGUGGGAUAUGUGAUGUCUGGAUAUAUGGCAGUCGGUUGGUCUAUCGGUCUAUCGAUCGAUAGGGUAUCUUCGGCUUCGUCAACGUCUGUACUCUGAAUGGAUGGAUGGAUGGAUGGCUCUUCAGCAGAGGUUUUCUUUAUAGACUGGUAUGGUAUGGUAUGUCUGGUAUGGUACGGCUUCAACUGUUUUGAUUGGGACAUUGCUUGGGACAUGAUGGUUAUGGAUGGAUGGGGUUUCGGAUACUUUGAAUCUUUCUCUUGUAUGAUGAAUUGAAUGACCACACACAACACAACACAAACAUAAGGAAUGGAUACGAAACAUAAAUUGGUGUUAA